AUGGCGAACGGCGCAAUCAUAAAACGCGGGAAGGGUCUGUAUCUUAAUAGAAUAUCUGGUUCCCGCGGGGCGGGACCACAAGGAGCGGCGUCGGGACACUUUGCAUACGAAUAUGUGCCUCCUGCGAAAUGGGUUUUCUUGGGAAUGCGCCCCGUCACGAUAAGGGUUCCAUCAACAGUUCCAGGUGAAGCUAAUAAAAGGGUGUUAAACACAGAAGCCGGCGAGAGCGCUCAAAAACGAGUAAGUCAAACGCCGGUCAGUGAAUCGGAUCAGAGCCGUACAGCGCAAACGGACUGCGUUACUAUUAUACGUGUAUCCGGUGAGGGGCCACGUGUGUCGCCCACCCGAGGUGGUUCGCGGCAAGUUGCCCCGGGGCGGGUGUCAGGGCGGGCGGGCUUAGGCGGGCGGAUGGCACGGCGGCUCGCGCCCGACUGCCGCCCAGUGGAUGCCGAGGGCGGGAUG